AUGGAGCAGGUGGAAUUUCAUCAUGAACUGUGGCGCAAUGAUACAGAGGAUGAAAGAGGGCAACUGGGACUGGAAUAUCGAGCCAAGAUGGAAAUAACGGAUGUGCUACCACCACCUAAUCACGAGAAUCGUCAGGUUCUGGUCAUGGCAGGCACUUACAUGCUACUGUUUCUUCUUGGUACCUCUGGUAAUGUUGCAGUUCUCACUACCAUUUAUCAUGUGGCACGAUCGAAUCGAGGAUCACUGGAUAAUACUCUCAUCUAUGUAAUUGUUUUAUCAUGCGUUGAUUUUGGUGUUUGCGUUUCAUUGCCUUUUACCGUAAUCGACCAAAUUCUUGGAUUUUGGAUGUUUGGCACGGUAAUAUGCAAAUUGCAUGCAGUGCUGGAGAAUUUCGGUAAAAUCCUUUCAUCACUAAUUAUCACGGUAAUGUCCAUUGAUCGCUACGUUAGCGUUUGUCAUUCACAACGCAAAUGGCUUAGAUCCAGGCGUUUAGCUAUCACCAUACUUACUGGAUUAGCAUUUUAUGCCAUGAUUACUCUAUGUCCGUUUUUGUGGAGUUUCAGAGCCCGAGAAUUGGUACUAUUUGAGAAGGAAACUGCACCUUUGAAGUUGACGCGCAUGACAAUAGAGAAAUGUACGAUGGUCAAUAUUUCAUCAUUUAUAUUUACUCUUUUCACCAUAUAUCUAUUCAUAUUUUGUUAUUGUUUCCCACUGUCAUUAGUCACCUUUUUCUAUGCCAAACUACUAAAGCGAUUGCGGCAACAUGCACGACGAUUUAAGUCUUCACGUAUUCCGCUGAUGCGAAUCUCUCUCUAUACGUUAGCUGUCGCGUGUCUUUAUUUUUUGUGCUGGACACCGUUUUGGUUGGCAACCGUUUAUGCAGUGUAUUUGGAAUAUGCCGGUGACAAGAAUAGUGAUGUGCCGCCGAUUUUCGUCUACUUCAUGUAUUUCAUCCAUGCUCUUCCGUUUACUAAUUCUGCUAUAAAUUGGAUUUUAUAUGGUGCACUGAAUGGACAGCUGCAAGUGCGCACAAUGUCAAAUAAUUCAAACAGUUUAACAAACUUGGCAGAACCAUUCGGAAUGACAUCAACAGUCCAGAAACAUCAGGAAGGCGAAACAAUUCAGAAGGGCAAAGAUGUAUCAUUUUUUUCCUGCAAAUGA